AUGGCCAAAGUGGUAGAGUACCUGAAGUAUCAUGAAGAGCAUGAAUGCAGUGAAAUUCGUAUACCCUUGACGGGUGACAAUCUGCAAGACUGUGGCGCCACUCGCUGGGACUCCAGCUUUGUCAAUGUGGAUCGGGAGCUUCUCUUUGAUCUCACAGUGGCUGCCAGCUACCUGGACAUCGCAAGCCUUUGGCUCCUGCUGAGUGCCAAAGCAGCCCUAUUGACCAAUAACAAGAGCUCUGAGAAGUUGCGGAAGGAGUUCAGCAUGAUCAGCGACUUCCCGUCCUCUGAGGAAGCCGAGCUGCGCCGGGACUACGCCGCUUCGCGGAAGCGCCUGGGCGCGGCGCCCGACAGCGACCUGUCGCAGCUGGCCGCGUCCUCGGUGGUGCGGAGCGGCGUGCGGGCGGCAGAACAGAAGGCAGGGCUCAAGCAACUCACGGACGGAAGCGAUGAUUCCAAGCUCAAGAGUUGGAGGCAUGCUAUGUGGAGAGCUGCUGUUCUGGAUGAUUGGAAGCUCCUGCAGAAUGCACCCGAGGAAGUGAAGAGUGACCGGGAUUUGGUGAGAAGUGCGAUCCUAACCAGCCAGGGUCAAGCUUUGAAAUUUGUGUCUUCGGACCUCCAAGCAGACGAGGAGAUUGUCUUGAGUGCAGUCAGGCACUUUGGCACCGCUUUCGCAGAUGCAGCGCCGGAACUUCGCAGUGACAAGAACUUCCUUUUGAAGGCUCUGGGGGCACACGGUGGAGCAAUGACUGGUGCUCCAGAUGCCUUGCGCAAUGACAAGGCCUUCCUGCUUGAGGCUGCAAAGGCAGGCAAAGGUGCAGCAAUGCAAGGUGCUAGCCUGGCUUUGAGAGAGGACCGCAACUUUGUCCUGGACAUGUCCGUCCACGAUGCUGAGGCUUACAAGUUUGCAGCAGAAGACCUUCUGAAUGACAAGGACUUUGCAGUGGCGGUGGCCAAGAGAAAUGGCAAGGCCUUGAAGUUCAUGCUGCCCGUUUUCAAGGCAGAUCCUGAUGUGGUGCGGGCUGCCGUGUCAAGAGAUCCACAGGCAGCGCAAUUUGCCCAUGCAGCCCGACGUGCUGAGCUGGGCAUGGUACAGGAAUCGAUCCACGGAGAAGUGCAGCUGAAAGAUGAGCUCCAGAGUCAGUUGAAGGCAGCGCAGGAGCGGGCUUCUACCACCACAACCCUGGCCGUGGCUCCCAGUGGGCCUCGGCAGAUCCCGGUGCAAGCUUUACCCGUCAAAUCCCAGUACACCUGCAUGAAGUUGUCCAAGGUGGUGCAGUUCAGCGCUGGCAGUACGAUGACGGCCAAUGUCGGCCAAGCAAAUUACUGUGCAGCCAAUGCCUUCAUGGAUAAGUUGCCUCAAUUUCAACGGCCUGAGGUGGAUGGAGUUGCCCUGAUGUGGGGUGCGGUGGGUGGCAUCGGUAUGCGUUGGAAGGCCUUUGCAUCUGAAGACUUUCUGAAUGAUGUGCCUGACGCCCUGCUGAGCAUUGAGGAGUGUGGCAAGGUCUUGCACUGCAUCGCCGUGUAUCUCUUCCCCCCGGAGUGGGUCUGCAGCCAAAAAUUCGAUGAUCAAACCCGGCAAGGCUACUUGCGGCCGACGGCUGGGCAGAUCAAACUGGACGUCUCCGAAUCUGCCGCAGAGCUGGCGCUGCCGGACCACACGGCGCUGCAGGGCCUGCCCGACGUGGAUCGCCGGCCGGUCCCCGGGAACUUCACAGAGUCGCCCCUGGGAGGUUGGCCCAGUUUGGUGUCAGAAGGAGCCAAGGUAAAGCUCACAGGUUUGAGGGCAAAGAAUGGAGUCACUGGAAUUGUGCUGAACUGCUUUGAUGAUGGCAGAUGGAAGGUGCAGUUGGAUGAUGGUUCUGGCAGUGUCUUACUCAGGGCUCACUGCUUUGAGGUGCUUGAGACUACCUAUGCAGUGGUCCAGAAGGGUACCACUUCGCAGAUGCACAACUCACCACAGAUGGAUGCUUUCAAUGCGCAAGCCGCAGCCGACCGGCAGUGGAAGAUUGAAGAGAAGAGGGCAAAGCUGAAGGAGAAGAUAGAGACCUAUGAAGUCUUCGGGCAGAUGAAAAUGGGCCCGGCUGGGUCCUGUCCAGCAGUGCUACAUGGAAAGAAAGCUAAGAUCAAGUGCGCCGAGGGUGACAUCUUUGAGUUGCCAGCAGAUGCUAUGGCCUUGUCCUUGCGUGCCAGAAAGGAUCUAUUAGAGAAUGGAUGCGAAACAGAGCUGGACUAUCCGAAAAUCACAAAGUCCGUCAUGGCCAAGCUGGCAGAAUACUUGAAGCACCACCGAGAGCACGCGUGCAGCGAGAUCCGAACGCCUUUGACGAGCGAGAACUUGGUGGAUUCGGGUGCUAGCAGAUGGGAUGCCAGUUUCGUGAAUGUGGACAAGGAGACGCUCUUCGAUUUGACGGCUGCUGCCAGUUACCUGGACAUCCCAGGCUUAUGGUUCCUGCUGAGCGCCAAGGCGGCGGUGCUAACCAACAACAAAACUGCCGACAAGUUGAGGAAGGAAUUCAGUAUGGCCAAUGAUUUCCCAGCAGCUGAAGAAGCUGAGUUGCGGCGCGAGUAUGCCGCAGCCUUCAAAAUGCCAGAUGCGGACUUGUCACAGUUGGCCGCUUCCUCAGUGAUCAGGAGUGGGGUCAAAGCAGCUGAGUACAAGUCAGGCAAGGCUUUGGAAGAUUCGGGUGAAGCACAGGAAGUGACCCUCAAAAGCUGGAGGCAUGCCAUGUGGCGAGCUGCUGUUCUAGAUGAUUGGAAGUUGCUGGCCAAUGCCCCAGAGCAGGUGAAGAGCGACAGAGAUUUGGUGAAGAGUGCAGUGCUGACGAGCCAGGGCCAAGCUUUGAAGUUCGCGUCUCCAGAGUUGAAAUCAGAUGAAUCGCUGGUCCUGGAUGCCACCAGAUACUCCGGCACCGCUUUCGCAGAUGCAGCGCCGGAACUUCGCAGUGACAAGAACUUCCUUUUGAAGGCUCUGGGGGCACACGGUGGAGCAAUGACUGGUGCUCCAGAUGCCUUGCGCAAUGACAAGGCCUUCCUGCUUGAGGCUGCAAAGGCAGGCAAAGGUGCAGCAAUGCAAGGUGCUAGCCUGGCUUUGAGAGAGGACCGCAACUUUGUCCUGGACAUGUCCGUCCACGAUGCUGAGGCUUACAAGUUUGCAGCAGAAGACCUUCUGAAUGACAAGGACUUUGCAGUGGCGGUGGCCAAGAGAAAUGGCAAGGCCUUGAAGUUCAUGCUGCCCGUUUUCAAGGCAGAUCCUGAUGUGGUGCGGGCUGCCGUGUCAAGAGAUCCACAGGCAGCGCAAUUUGCCCAUGCAGCCCGACGUGCCGAGCUGGGCAUGGUACAGGAAUCGAUCCACGGAGAAGUGCAGCUGAAAGAGGAGCUGCAAAGCCAGAUCAAGGCUGCACAGGAGGAUUCAUCAACUACAACGACUCUUGCUAUGGCUCAGGGUCCAAGACAGGUACCCGCGCAGGCUCUCGCAGCUUCAAUGUCAAGCACCUACCUGAAGCUGAACAAGACAGUGUUCUUCACAGCUAUGAGUACCAUGACGGCGAACAUGGGCCAGGCCAACUACAUUUCAUCAAAUGCCUACAUGGAUAAGAUCCCUCAAUUUGAACGGCCUGAGGUUGAUGCAGUUGGUUUGAUGUGGGGUGCGGUUGGUGGCAUCGGAAUGCGUUGGAAGGCCUUUGCAUCUGAAGAUGUGCUCAACAAGACCCCAGAAGCCUUGCUGACCAUUCCAGACUCCUGCAAGGUCUUGCACGUGGCUUGCUGCACCAUCAGUCCACCAGAAUGGUUUUCUGCAUCGCACUUCGAUGAGACCACGCGAGGCUACUACCUUCAGCAGACCGCAGGCCAGAUCAAGCUGGAGCUCAGCGAAGUGACCGCAUCUGCUCAAUCCUGGGAGAAGCAGGUUGAAGCCGACAGAAAGGCCUUGGAAGACCUGCCGACCAUUGACCGGCGCCCUGUGCCAAACAACUUCGCCGCAGCUGCACCCUUGGGAGGUUGGCCUAGCUUAGUGAAGUCACAAAGCCCAGUGGUUCCACAGAUAGUGGGAGCUCUACAGAAGGGUUCAAAGGUUCGUUUGACAGGUCUUCGUGCCAAGAAUGGUGUCACUGGCACCUUGAUUCAGCAGUUUGGCGAUGGAAAGUGGAAAGUGAAGCUGGAUGACGGUUCAGGCAAUGCCUUGCUACGUCCAGGCUUCUUCGAACCCCUCCAAGCGUAGGCCCGCGACACCCAGUGAGUUAUGUGAUAUUCUGUCUUCCGCUGGUGAUGUUCUCACAGAUUGUAGUGACAGCUUAUACUGCCGGAGCUCAAAAAA